ACCGACAAGAUGGCGGCGGGUGGGAGCGGCGGCCGCGCAUCGUGCCCGCCGGCGGUCGGUGCGGGCGCGGGGGGCGGCCCGGGUCCCAGUGCCAACGCCGCCCCCGCCCCCGGCAACGCGGCUGCGGCCGCCGGCCCGGUCCCCGCCGCCCCCGGGACGUCCUCUCCGGGCUCAGGGCCGGGCGCACAGGCCGCACCGGGAGGGGAGCGGGCGGCCGAGGAGCCGGGGGCGGCGGCGCUGCUGCGCGAGCCCGUGUACAACUGGCAGGCCACCAAGCCCACGGUGCAGGAGCGCUUCGCCUUCCUCUUCAACAACGAGGUGCUGUGCGACGUGCACUUCCUGGUGGGCAAGGGGCUCGGCGCGCAGCGCAUCCCGGCGCACAGGUUUGUGCUGGCUGUGGGCAGCGCUGUCUUUGACGCCAUGUUCAAUGGGGGCAUGGCCACCACGUCCACCGAGAUCGAGCUGCCCGAUGUGGAGCCAGCCGCCUUCCUGGCACUGCUCAAGUUCCUCUACUCGGAUGAGGUUCAGAUUGGGCCCGAGACGGUCAUGACCACGCUGUACACCGCCAAGAAGUAUGCGGUGCCCGCGCUCGAGGCCCACUGUGUGGAGUUCCUGAAGAAGAACCUGCGCGCGGACAAUGCGUUCAUGCUGCUGACACAGGCCCGGCUUUUCGAUGAACCACAACUUGCCAGCCUGUGCCUGGAGAACAUUGACAAAAACACGGCCGACGCCAUCACUGCAGAGGGCUUCACGGAUAUCGACCUGGACACGCUGGUGGCCGUCCUAGAGCGGGACACGCUGGGCAUCCGCGAGGUGCGCCUAUUCAAUGCCGUUGUCCGCUGGUCCGAGGCUGAGUGUCACCGUCAGCAGCUGCAGGUGACGCCCGAGAACAAGCGGAAGGUCCUGGGCAAGGCGCUGGCCCUCAUCCGCUUCCCGCUGAUGACCAUCGAGGAGUUUGCUGCAGGGCCCGCGCAGUCGGGCAUCCUCGUGGACCGCGAGGUGGUCAGCCUCUUCCUGCACUUCACCGUGAACCCUAAGCCUCGAGUGGACUUCAUCGACCGGCCGCGCUGCUGCCUCCGCGGCAAGGAGUGCAGCAUCAACCGCUUCCAGCAGGUGGAGAGUCGCUGGGGCUACAGUGGCACGAGUGACCGCAUCAGGUUCUCGGUCAACAAACGCAUCUUCGUGGUUGGCUUCGGGCUAUACGGCUCCAUCCACGGGCCCACGGAUUACCAAGUGAACAUCCAGAUCAUCCACACAGACAGCAACACAGUUUUAGGCCAGAACGACACGGGCUUCAGCUGCGACGGCUCCGCCAGCACCUUCCGGGUCAUGUUCAAGGAGCCAGUGGAAGUGUUGCCUAACGUCAACUACACGGCCUGCGCCACACUCAAGGGCCCGGACUCCCACUACGGCACCAAAGGCCUGCGCAAGGUGACCCAUGAGUCGCCCACGACGGGGGCCAAGACGUGCUUCACCUUCUGCUACGCAGCAGGGAACAACAAUGGGACGUCUGUGGAGGACGGCCAGAUCCCGGAAGUGAUCUUCUACACUUAGGCACGCCAGCCCCAGCGUGGCCGUGAGGACAGCGGCCCAGACACCUGAGACAAGUAGGCUGCCCCACGUCUCACGCCAGCCCGCCGGGCCCCAGGCAGUGUCCACUCCCACCACGUUUCCAGGCAUCUGCACCAGGGCGAGCAUGGCUGCCUGUUCAGAGGAGCUGGCAAGUGGCUGGGCAGGUGGGGCCGUGUGACAAUCCCUCAGGACUGGGGGCAGGGCUGGCCUGCCCCUGCCUGAGCUGAGGUCAGCCAGGUCGCUGGGCCGCCUGACCAGCUGCCUGAUGCUGGGCCAUGUGGGCCAUGGUCUCGUUUGUGUAACUGCACAUGGCAGUGCAUCUCGGCUUUCCAUUUCUCUGGUAGGAGAGGGUGUGGGCGACACCCCUAGUGUGCCGGUUGGGGUCUUGUGUUCCUUUCAUUCCGGUCUGUUCACUGGGGCCGCUCAGGCUACCCUGACUCUGGCCCCAGGAUGCAGGCCUGAGCCCUGCGCGGUAGGACUGAUGGGGGGCUCGCACCCCUCGAGGUCCUGCAGGCUGGCUCCCGCCAGGCCCCCCUCAGCCUCUCUGGACAGGACCCUCCUGGCCCACAGCUAAGGGCCUAGGCCUCAGCCCGUCCGCCUGCGAGGGGCGAUGCUGUGGGCCAGCCGUGGUGGCCACGUCCCCACUGGCCCAUGGGGUCUGGAGGGCACUGCCCACCUGUACAUACUGUACCCCACCCGUCCCAGAGGUGCUGGAGGGUGCAGCCCCUCCCCUGACCCCCUGGUCCUUCCCAUGUGUUUCUGCCCCAGUGAUUCCUUUUGGAACCUGUGUCCUCCCUGAAGCCAUGAAAGGUGUACCCGCCUCACACCACACCCCAAAAUGUUUUUUUUAAAAAAAAUAAAGGAAAACAUACCUAA